ACGAAGAUCGACUCAGAAAAUCCCAAAGAGAAGAUGAUAGCGCUGAUCCUCUACGUCGCCCUUGGCCUUUCCUUCUUCGCCAUGUGUUUCAAGCUCAUGGAAGAGGAGGCGAUGAACAAGCUACGUCGAAUAGGUCAGCGCAUGGGCAUUAUCAAGCGACCAGAGGAUGAGCAGACCGCCAAACUGGUCGAGACAACUGAUCCCAACCCCGUAAUUCCCUCCGAAGGACCAGCUGCCAUCAUCGUGGCAGCAAAGACGAGUGCCAACUCUUUCAAUAGCAAAACUUAUCGUACAGUUGUAUGA